AUGAGACGAUUGGUGUUGGGUGCGUCUGAUUGUCUUCCAACUGAGGAAUCGUUGGCGUUCUACAAGUGGGUUUUCUACUUGGCCCAGUUUCUGAUCGGCGUGGGAGCCACGCCACUCUACACCCUCGCCGUGACUUAUGUGGAUGAGAAUGUCGCCUCCAAAUCAUCCUCUGUCUACCUAGGAGGGAAGGAGCUGAAAUUGACGAGAAAACGAGAAACGCAUCAGUCGAACGUGCAUCUGACCAAGUGGCUGGAAAACACCAAGGCGAGCAAUUCGAAAAAGGCCCAGGGUUCGUCGGUGACGAAGAUCCACGUGCGGGAACUGACGAUGGCUCUCGUCAGAGUCGUGGCUGGCAACCCAACUUUCUUGUUCCUCACGUUGGCAGGGGCUGCCGAGGGCUUUCUCCUCGCCGGCUUUGCCACCUUUCUGCCGAAAUACUUUGAAAACCAAUUCCGACUCACUGCGGGACUAGCGGCUAUGAUCGUCGGAGUGGUUGCAGUUCCCGGCGCCGGCGGAGGCACUUUGCUGGGCGGCUACCUGAUCAAGCAUUACGACAUGAAGUUACCGGCCAUCAUGAAGAUGUGCUGUGUGUCGACAUUCCUGGCUGGCCUGUCGACACUCAUCUUUGUGUUCAGCUGCGACGACGUGGGGAUCGCGGGCGUGACAGCAGCUUACGAGCCCUCGCGGCUCUUGUUUGCCGGUGGCAACGCUAGCGCUGAUCUCGGACCACGGAACUCUGCUGACGACGAUGAUGUUGAUGAUGAGUCUGCUUUUGAUCGGGUUGUCGAGGAAGCAGACAGGAGUAUAGCAUUGGGUGUGCAGUUGGCACUACUGCGCGUGCUGGGCACGAUCCCGGCGCCCGUGCUUUUUGGCAAGCUGAUGGAUUUGGCGUGCAGUUUGUGGGAAACGAUCCCCGAGGGUCCUGGUGAAGGCUGUGAUGUGCAAGGGGACGUCGGGUCAGCUGGGGUCACGAUCUCCAGCAGCAACAGCAAAGGAGGUGCGCAACUCGGCAGUUGCAGGGCGUAUUUCAAUCACAGCAUGAGCACGUACUUGCUGAUUGUGGGUGUGAUUGGGAAAGUGCUCGAGUUUCUGUGCUUCUUCUUGGCAUUGAAAUUGUACAGAGCUCCUCCUGAGCCAAUGGCUCAAGAUGCAUCAGCAUCAGAUGAUAAUGACGUGAAACAUUCCAACAAUUUCAAGAGUUUGCAGCCAUCUCUGGAGAUGAAUGGUUACAGGAAAACAGAAGAUCGUGGGCAAGUGAAGCCGAAUCAAGUUACUCACGCGUACGAUAAUCCUGUUCCCGUGGACUGCUGAUAAUUCCUGUGUCUGCUGGUUGAAGCAAGUGAUCGAAUCUAAUUUUGUGGUUGUGCCGAGAAUAUUUUCAAUUCCACACCAGUACAUUUGAUGAAGUGCGUGAGUUGGUUUUGCAGUUUCCUGGCUGGAAGGUAUUGACACCCAACAGUUCACUUUCAUUCACAAUCCCUCAUCAUGAACAUUCUUUGUUUAUAUUUUUUAAGUUGUGCCUUCUGUUGAUAAGUUGGAAUAAACGCAUUCUCUUGGUGAA